AUGGGUUGUCGAUGGAAUCCUAUUGGAUUUCAAUUUUCUUGCUUCAUGUUCUUGAUCAUUACCCUUCUUCAAUCUCGUUCCUCAUUAUCCCUCAAUUCUGAAGGAUAUGUGUUAUUGAAAUUCCGGGCAAGAGUUGAUUCUGAUCCUCAUGGAACUCUUGCAAAUUGGAAUGUUUCUGAUCUUGAUCAUUUCUGUUCUUGGUUUGGUGUAACUUGUGUCGACAAUCAAGUGCAUAUGUUGAAUCUUAGUGGAUGUUCUUUGGGAGGAACUUUAGCUCCUGAGAUUAGUCAAUUGAGUGGAUUAAAAUCUUUAAUACUAUCCAAGAACAAUCUCUCUGGUGACAUUCCAAAGGAAUUUGGGACUUUUGUGAAAUUAGAGUUCUUGGAUUUGCGAGAUAAUAAGUUAAGCGGAGUAGUUCCACCCGAGCUAAACAAAGUCUUGUCACCAGAAAACUUGUUGCUUUCUGGUAACAAAUUUGCGGGUUUUAUGAGCAUAAAGUUACUGAGACUUCAAUCGCUUUAUAAAGUCCAGUUGAACAAGAAUCGAGAGUUGUCUUCCGCUUCCGCUGCUGUCCUCGACUGCGUAAAUAGAAAACUUGGCUACUGUGUUUCAAGGAGAAGCUUGAUAAGACUAAACAAGGCAGAUGCUUUCAUAUUGCGGAUUAAAGCGACUACAAGACAGGUGCGAAGAGAAGCGCACGGAAACAAUUUUGUCGCGGAUCAACCAAGUUCAUUAGAGAAUGAUACUAGCAUCUUCAAAAGGCGUGAACUACUCGAGGGAACAAGUAAUUUAGAGGCUAUGCUUGCGCCUAAUGCUUCUACUCCUUCUCCAGGGAUUACUACCUUAGUGUUUCCUCGAAGCAGCGGGUCUUUUCCUGCAUUAGCUACAGCCAAGAAGAGAAGACCUCCAUUGAUCCCUCCUUCUCAUUCUCCAACCGCUGAGAACAAUAACAACACAAUCCCUAAUGAUCCACCGCGGAAAUUUGAAGAGAAGUCAAAAGGGUUUCAAGAUGUUUGGUUGUAUAUUGUUAUCGGCGUUUCUGCGUUUGUAGCGAUGCUGAUCAUAGUAGCGGUUAUAUUCUGGUUCCGGAAAAAGGCUGUGAAGAGUAUAGGUCCAUGGAAAACUGGUUUAAGUGGACAGUUGCAGAAAGCUUUUGUUACCGGUGUACCGAAGCUAAACCGAUCUGAAUUAGAAACAGCUUGUGAAGAUUUCAGUAAUAUCAUUGAAGCAUUUGAUGGUUACACUGUCUAUAAAGGAACUUUAUCAAGUGGUGUUGAGAUUGCGGUUGCUUCAACCGCGAUUUUGGAAACUAAAGAAUGGACAAGAGCUAUGGAAAUGACUUACCGCAGAAAGAUUGACACAAUGUCAAGAAUUAACCAUAAGAACUUUGUGAAUCUAAUCGGGUACUGCGAAGAAGAUGAACCGUUUAAUAGGAUGAUGGUUUUCGAAUAUGCUCCAAAUGGAACUCUUUUCGAACAUUUGCACGAUAAAGAAAUGGAGCAUCUUGAUUGGAGCGCGAGGAUGAGGAUAAUAAUGGGAACUGCUUACUGUCUGCAACAUAUGCACGAGCUUAAUCCACCAAUCGCACACUCUAAACUUGCCUCAUCAGGAAUCUACUUGACCGAUGAUUACGCAGCAAAGGUUGGAGACAUACCUUUCAGCUCACAAACCGGACUUAAACAGAAAAAACCGAUGAGUGGUGAUUUAGACCAAUCUUCAUUACAAUUUUCACCUGAGCCAGAGACUAAUGUCUAUAGCUUUGGAGUAUUAAUGCUUGAGAUCAUCUCUGGAAAGCUCUCAGAUUCAGAUGAAGAAGGAUCAAUUAUAAAAUGGGCAUCAAAGUAUCUGGAUAAUGAUAAUUUGGGAGAUAUGAUUGAUCCAACAUUAAAAACUUUCAAAGAUGAGGAUCUUGAAGUGAUCUGUGACGUGGCAAGACAUUGUCUGAGAAUUGAUCAAAGUCAACGACCAACAAUGAAAGAUGUGGUUGAACAAUUGAAACAAGUAAUAAACAUUUCUCAAGAACAAGCUACACCAAGACUCUCUCCUCUUUGGUGGGCAGAGCUUGAGAUCUUAUCCUCUGAAGCUACAUAA